UCCCAAGCAUGCGUCACGUGACUUCACCCAGUACUGCCUAGCUGAGCACCAAGCCUACUGGUUUCUGGAUAUUUCAUGUGAGAAAAGGACAAACCUCGAACCCCUUUUCCUCUUAUCGUUCAGUCUGAGACUGUUUUUUUUUUUUUUUUACCUUUUUACCUCAUCUUCCCCCCCCCACACACACCAUCGGAUAAUGUGGACCUUCAAAGCGCUCGGAGUAUGACAAAAGAUUUUAGGAUGCUGGACUUGUGCUCCUCGUUUUGUUUUGUUUAGUUAAAUGCCAACACGGUGAAUGCGUCGGACAGAGUGGACAAGCCUGCUGCUAGAGGUCCGCAUUGAGAAAGUCAACAUCUUGCCUGUCUUUAUUUGAUUUUUUCCCCCGGAGCGACUUCAGAAGGAUGUAACGACCGAUCCACCUUGCGCAUCUGAAGUGUCCUCAUCAAAAUGCAGAAGGGAAUACGACUUAAUGAUGGUCAUGUCACCUACCUGGGGCUUUUGGCAAAGAAGGAUGGUACAAGACGAGGGUGCUUGAGCAAAAAGAGCUCAGACAACACGAAAUGGCACACAAAGUGGUUCGCUUUGUUACAGAAUAUGCUCUUUUAUUUUGAGAACGAGUCCAGUUCUCGACCCUCGGGAUUAUACCUGUUGGAGGGAUGCACAUGCGACAGGGCGCCUUCACCGAAACCUUCGCUGUCAGCCAAGGAGUGUUUGGAAAAGCAGUACUAUUUCACAGUCAGCUUCAACCACGAAAACCAAAAGGCCCUUGAGUUGCGCACGGAGGAUGUAAAAGACUGCGAUGAAUGGGUGGCUGCCAUAUCACACGCCAGUUACAGAAACUUGGCUACAGAGCAUGAGGCUCUCAUGCAGAAGUAUCUUCAUCUGCUUCAGAUUGUGGAGACGGAGAAAACAGUUGCUAAGCAACUUCGACAACAGAUAGAGGAUGGGGAAAUAGAGAUUGAAAGGCUCAAGUCAGAGAUUGCUGGGCUGCUCAAAGACAACGAGAAGAUCCAUGCCAGCCCUGCAGCCGCUCCAACUGACGAUGACUCUGAAAUUAAGAAGAUCAAAAAGGUCCAGAGCUUUCUGCGAGGCUGGAUUUGCAGGAGGAAGUGGAAAACCAUCAUCCAGGAUUAUAUCCGCUCACCUCAUGCAGAGAGCAUGAGGAAGAGGAACCAGGUGGUGUUCAGCAUGUUGGACUCAGAGGCAGAGUACGUCCAGCAGCUUCAUAUUCUGGUGAACAACUUCUUGAGGCCGCUGCGCAUGGCCGCCAGCUCUAAGAAGCCUCCCAUCACCCACGAUGAUGUCAGCAGCAUAUUCCUCAACAGUGAAACCAUCAUGUUUCUACAUCAGAUCUUUUACCAGGGCCUGAAAGCCAGAAUAGCAAGCUGGCCAACAUUAGUCCUUGCUGACCUGUUCGACAUCUUGCUGCCCAUGCUGAACAUCUACCAGGAGUUUGUGAGGAACCACCAGUACAGCCUGCAGAUCCUGGCACAUUGCAAGCAGAACCGAGACUUUGAUAAAUUGCUGAAGCAGUAUGAGGCCAAGCCCGACUGUGAGGAAAGGACCCUGGAGACCUUUCUUACCUACCCUAUGUUCCAGAUUCCUCGCUACAUCCUUACUCUCCAUGAGCUGCUGGCCCACACGCCCCAUGAACAUGUAGAGAGAAAUAGUCUGGACUAUGCCAAAUCUAAGCUGGAGGAGCUUUCCAGAAUAAUGCAUGAUGAAGUGAGCGAGACCGAGAACAUCAGGAAAAACUUGGCAAUAGAGCGCAUGAUUGUAGAGGGCUGCGAGAUUCUCCUUGACACCAGCCAGACGUUUGUAAGACAAGGGUCCCUCAUCCAGGUGCCAAUGAGCGAGAAGGGCAAGAUCACCCGUGGGCGACUGGGUUCUCUGUCUCUAAAGAAAGAAGGGGAGAGGCAGUGCUUUCUCUUCUCCAAGCAUUUAAUCAUCUGCACCAGGGGGUCUGGGGGAAAGCUUCAUCUUACCAAGAACGGAGUAGUUUCGCUUAUAGACUGCACUCUUGUGGAAGAUCCUGAGGGGACAGAUGAUGAGUCAAAAUCAGACAAGAGUGGUCAGGACAUGGAGCACCUGGACUUCAAGAUUGUUGUGGAGCCAAAGGACAGCCAGUCAUUCACAGUCAUCCUGGUAGCCUCCUCAAGGCAGGAGAAGUCUGCAUGGACUAGUGACAUCAGCCAGUGCAUAGACAACAUCCGCUGCAAUGGCCUGAUGAUGAACGCCUUUGAAGACAACUCCAAAGUCACAGUGCCGCAGAUGAUCAAGUCAGAUUCAAGUCUGUACUGUGAUGAUGUGGACAUCCGUUUCAGUAAGAUGAUGAACUCCUGCAAGGUGCUGCAGAUCCGCUACGCCAGCGUGGAGCGUCUGCUCGAGAGACUUACUGAUCUCCGUUUCCUUUCAAUCGACUUCCUCAACACUUUCCUGCAUUCCUAUCGUGUGUUCACCACUGCUGAUGUGGUGCUGGAUAAACUCAUCACCAUCUACAAGAAACCCAUCAGUGCCAUUCCUGCCCGGUCACUGGAGUUAUUCUUUGCCAGCAGUCAAAAUAAUAAACUUCUUUAUGGCGAGCCACCCAGCUCCCCCAGGGCUAGCAGAAAGUUCUCCUCCCCUCCUCCUCUCGCUAUUGCCAAGAACUCAUCCCCCAACCGCCGUCGCAAGCUCUCUCUCAAUAUCCCCAUCAUCACUGGGGGCAAAGCUCUUGACCUGGCUGCCCUUAGCUGCUCCUCAAAUGGCUAUGCAAGCAUGUAUUCCUCCAUGUCUCCAUUCAGCAAGACCACCUUGGACAUCAACAAACUGUAUGUGUCCAGCCCGAUCGCGAGCAAAAUCUCUGAUGAGGGAGAAGACAAGAAGGAAAAGGUGGACGACCCCUCAGCAUGCAAACAAGAUCUCUCUGUACGAGAAGAAAGUGAUAAUGAUCAAAACCAGAGCGAUGACGGGGAUCCAGAAGCUUCUCCUACCAAAUCUCCAACUACACCAAAAAAUAUCAAAUGCAAAAACUCCUCAGAGUUUUCCCUGUUUUCCUACAACAACGGCAUGGUGAUGUCAUCAUGUCGAGAGCUGGACAACAACCGCAGUGCUCUAUCUGCUGCCUCCGCCUUUGCUAUUGCUACUGCUGGAGCCAAUGAAGGUACCCCUACCAAGGAAAAAUAUAGACGGAUGUCCCUUGCCAGUACAGGUUUUCCAACAGAUCAGAGAAAUGGAGACAAAGAGUUUGUGAUCAGACGAGCGGCAACCAACAGAGUCCUGAAUGUGCUUCGGCACUGGGUGUCCAAACACUCUCCGGACUUUGAGAGCAACAAUGAGCUGAAAACGAAGGUUAUUGCCUUCUUGGAGGAAGUGAUGCAUGACCCUGAGCUGUUGACCCAGGAGAGGAAAGCGGCAGCCAACAUCAUCAGGACUAUAACUCAGGAAGAUCACGGUGACAAUCAGAUCGCGAUAGAAGACGUGACACAACUGGUAAGUGAAGUUGGAGGAGGGAAAGCUGAGACCUUCGAGAAUCACUCAGCAAUGGAAAUUGCAGAGCAGCUCACUCUGUUGGACCACCUGGUGUUCAAGGUCAUUCCAUACGAGGAAUUCUUUGGCCAAGGCUGGAUGAAGAAUGACAAAAAUGAGAAGACACCGUAUAUCAUGAGGACAACGAAGCACUUCAAUGACAUGAGCAACCUUAUUGCCACGGAGAUCCUCCGCUGUGAUGAUGUUGUAACCCGGGUAGCAGUCAUCGAAAAAUGGGUAGCUGUGGCCGAUAUCUGCCGUUGUCUACAUAACUACAACGCUGUUCUCGAGAUCACCUCAUCACUAAACCGCAGCUCUGUUUUCCGCCUCAAGAAAACUUGGCUCAAAGUUUCCAAGCAGACUAAAGCACUGAUUGACAAACUGCAGAAGCUGGUCUCAUCAGAGGGGAGGUUCAAAAACCUCAGAGAGGCUUUGAAGAAUUGCGAUCCUCCCUGUGUGCCCUAUCUGGGGAUGUACCUCACUGACCUGGCUUUCAUUGAGGAGGGAACGCCGAACUACACCGAGGACAACUUGGUCAACUUCUCAAAGAUGAGGAUGAUUUCUCACAUCAUCAGAGAAAUCAGACAGUUUCAACAAACAGCAUAUAAGAUUGACUUGCAACCAAAGGUAGCCCAGUAUCUGCUGGACAAAAGCUCUGUUCUGGAUGAAGAAAGCAUGUAUGAAGCCUCACUCAGAAUUGAGCCUAAAGUGCCCAACUGAUGGGGAAGGUGGCCUCCAUAUUAUUUUCUUUGUUAAUAUUACACAUCAGUUAACAUGCACAUCAACAUUUGUAUAGCUGUACAUGCUUAAGAUCUUGCUCCUCUGUACAGUAGAUGUUUAAGGUUGUUUGACAACAUAAAACAUUUUAGUGUAUAUUUUUCCGUGUAUGAUUUUUGUUGUUGCCAUUUCCAAAAUGACACCUGCUUGAAGGAUUUUUUUUUUAUUUCUAUGAGUAUUUCAAGAACAAUAAUAGAGGUCACUUUAGCUGCAUGCAACCGUGUCUUCUACUGUGACCAAUGACAUUAUUUUGCAUCAUGCCAUACUGUGUCAAAUUUGCACUUAGAGCACUCGUGUUGCUGGCUGUUGUUCUCUUGGCUUGAGUUUUAUUGACGACUGAAGUUCUCUGCAACCAAUGUAGCAUUGUAAAAAAAAAACUAAAACAAAAAAAAAUACUGCAUAAAAUCAGGUAAAAGAGCACAGAGAAUAUAAUUAAAGAUAGAGAACAGUGAUCAGUGCAAUUGACAGCAAGGUAUCCAAAGCAUAUGUGUCUCUGUGCUUCCCGAACCAAAACAAGAAGGAUUUGUUUCUUCAUUUCUGCUCACUAUUCUAAAGACAGGGGUUCCCAACUGUGCUUAUACCACACUGAAUGUUUUCCUACAGUGUAACUGUGGACCAGUCCAGUAUGUCCAACCAGAUAUGAAAGUGAAUAGAAGGUAAAGGUUGAAGUUAAAAGUUGAAGUUAUUUGCUAAAUGAGAAAAAUUUAUACAGUCCACAGGAAGGUCAACUCUGUGAGCUAAAUGCUAAAAUUUGCAUGCUAUAUUUGCGAAGCUAACUGAACAACAAGCUCACCACUGUAGCUUAGCUUGUUAGCAUGCUCACAUUUUCUAAUUAAGAAUAAGAAUAAGAACAACUUUAUUUAUCCCGAGGGAAAUUCUUUUGUCAUGUACAUGCUCAAAGCAGCAGGAGAGACAGAGGAACUGAUGAAUAAGAUAUAAGAUAUACAAUAUAUACAAUAAGAAUAGUGUACAGUAAUAUACAGAAGGAAAGUGCAAGACAUAGUAUCGGAAUAAUAGUAAUUAGCACUAAACGUAUAUUGAAAGCUUACAGGAAUGUUAUUGGUUUUGCAAAAAUCAAUCAAGUAUUCACCAAAAAUUGUAAAUAUUGUUCUAAAAGUUGGAAAGUUAAUGGACCAGUUUAUCCUCUGUUGUUGUUGAGACAUUUUAUUAACAUCCACUGAUGUAAAUCACUAAUGUGAGUAAGCUUUACCCUGUGGACAUCAUUUAAAUCAGAAGCAAAUGUGCUGAGAUGUGCCAAAAUAUUUCAGGCUGAGCUGCGAAGAAUCGCACUCUUGUUGCUAGAACCAUCAGCUCAGUCUACAUAUUUAUACUGACACAUAUAGCUGAUACAUAUAGACCAAAUGUGACAAACGGGACAUGAUGUGCAGACACAAUCUGUACACACUUAAUUACCUGUAGAGUUUUUUUCUUCUUCUUCUUUCUGUCAAGUAGUAAAUGUUCUAAAGCUGGUAAUGAUAAACAAUCCGUAGGUUGGGAACCUCUUCUUUAAGUUAAGUUUAGCUAUAGGAUAAUACACUUUCUCAGUUGGCACACGAGGUGCCUAAAGUCUGCUGAGUUCACUUAUAAGCUGUGUAACAACAUAGAGUGUUAAAGAAGUGAGGUUUGUGAGGUUUAAGGUGACGGAUUUGUCACCUGCAUUUUUGUUACACUUAAAGUACACCAGUAGAGUUUCCCCCUUUAUGCUUGAAAUUUUUGGUCUUGACUUGUUAAAUUGAAACUCAUGGAAAAAAAAAUCACACGCGGUGGUUAAGUGUUGUACCUUCAGGUUCGGGUUCUACUUCUGUAGAGUAAAAGUUUGUUGCUCUUCUGUAAUCAAAAGACAAUCUGUCCUUUUUGCUGUUCCAGUGAUUGUGGAACAUGACUGUAUAUCACUCUGUUAUAUGCAUUGCUGUUAAAAACUAUGAUAAAAUGUAUGUGAAUGACCUCUGCCUGCAGCAUUCAAACACUAUUUUUGUAGUAGUAUAAGAGAGAGUGACCUGCUCUUUAUAUGAACAUGGGAAAGUAUUUUGUACUUUGUUGUUAAUUCACUUCACUGAGAUGCGCUGUACAUUUUGUACAUGCAACCUGGCAUAUUUCUCAAUGUGGAACAGUGUAAUCCUCUCAAAAAAGUUAUAUCACAAGCUUAACACAAAACGCUACAACAGUGUGGUCUUGAAACCAUAACUUAGAGGUAGGAGAGCAAUUCAAAGUGUUUUGCAUUUAUACUGUAAUCCUGUCUAUAACCAUUUCUGUUAGCAGGAAUAUAGUAACGUAGUGCUUAUUCUGUGAAUAUUUGUAUGUAUUUUUACUAUGUAUGUACAGUACACUUUUGAAGCUAAUGUGGUAGGCAUGCAACACCUUCACAGACAGAAUAAUACUAUAUACUUAUACUGUAUACACUUAUAAAUGCACAUACUCUUAUAAGGUAUAUAAACAAAUAAACAUUUUGCUGUAAGCAAUACCCAAUGGUAUGAAAAUUAUCUUUCAACCCUCAUGUUUCCACAGCUUAAGAAAUAUUCCCAGUUUUGUAAGGAAAAAAAAAGAUUAAAAGAAGAUGAAGAACAUAACAACAAAUAAACAAAAAUAUGUUUCCCAGUUACCUCUUGAUAAUAAAUUCAUUUUAUCUCA